AUGCAAGGCCAACUAUCGGAGUUGGUCGCCACCCGACGACAGGUGCCGCCGCUCGGCUUGGUGACACAAAGUGGCGGGGGUCAAACACUUGAGUCUCUCGGUGGUGAGGCUCUUGAUCGGUUGGAAAUGUGCGAUCCGGGCCGCGGGUCGGCGGGUCGUCAGCAAUUUAUUAGCCCCAUUCUUGCCCCAUGUCUCGGCAUACAAGUUGCCUAUUUCACGCAAGUACCUACCAACACACUUGUGCUCCGGCAGCGCUGCGAUGAAGUGGUCGUCUGCUCUACAACCCGACGAAACAGCAACUUGCUCAGCCCAUUGCAUCUAUUGUUUGUCGGGGCUAGUUGCCAUUUUGUCGCUGGUCUUCGCCUCAACUUGCCCGCUCGCCGAAAGAAGGGAGUAGUGGUCACUACGGGCCCCCCUAAUCCCUCCACCCCUGCCAACCCACAGACAUGUGCACAGGCUGGAGACGACAUGUACUGGUUGGGCAAUAUUUCAACUUGUUCACAGUCUCUAUCCACAAUACGAAGCCAGCCGGGGUCAGCGGACUGCGUCGUCUUGUUUCAUAAUUCAAGACGUCACUUCAACACAAUGCCUCGGCUCAGCCGCCUCCGCGCUCCCGCUCUCUCUCCUCCCCGGCCCGACUGGGCCUGUUUCGGCCUACUCGUCGUCUCGACGACCGCAGCUCCACGAUCUGGCCUCAGGUGCGCCACUUGGCCACUCCUUUCGCCCAUACAUUUGCCGGCCAUACCACGGGCCAUGUCGGGUCGGUGUCGAUGUGACCCGCUUUCGGACGCCGCAAAAGUGGCCUCGUCCCACAGUCGAGCCUUGUACCACACAUGUUUACCCUCUACUCGCACCAGCCUCACUAACCUCUGCCUGUAG